AAUACUCCAAAUUGUGAGGAAUCCUGAAGUUGAAGUUGAGUUGUAAGAGAGUCAUUAUUACCGUUUUUAUCAGCAAAUAUUUUUGCAUGAUUUUGCGUGACUGUGUGUAACAGAUAGCCAGUGGGUGGAUCUUAUUCUAAUGAGGGGUGGAGAGAGGCCCAGAGAAUGAUGGCAGUGAACUACAAACAUGACUUUUGUAUCUCUGGUGAUGUAUGCCCUCGCCAAUGCGGUCAUGUUUCUCCUGUAUUGGCUGUAUCAGAAGAACACGGCACAAAAAUCAGACACAGGCGAUCAGACAGACGACACAGCCAGCCGACGCAGGAGGCUGAAGAGGAAGCCGUCCCUGUUCACGAUGCUUGGCCUGGACGUAGAAAUCCACAAACAUUACUAUGCCAUUGACGAUCAUUUUCGGUCGUUUUCGGAGGUUAGCGAUGCCUGUCAGAGGGCUGGACUAGAGCAGUGUGGAUUAAUUGUGGGUGUGGAUUUCACAGCUAGUAACGAGUGGCAGGGGAGGAAGUCUUUCAGCGGAAAUUGUCUACACAAAAUUGUGCCCGGCAAGAUAUAUAACCCUUAUCAAAAAGUGAUCUCUAUUAUUGCUCAAACUCUAGAACCUUUUGACGAUGACAACUUUAUUCCUGCCUAUGGAUUUGGUGACACCAAAACAUUAGGAGAUUCUGUGUUUCCCUUUGUGAGCGAUGAGUCCCAAUGUAAGGGGUUCUCGGAGGUACUGGAUAGAUACAGCGAUAUUGCCACUAAAGUGACGUUUAGUGGACCAACAAAUUUUGCACCCAUCAUUCAUAAAGCAAUAGAAAUAGUGAAAGCUUCCCACAAGUAUCACAUACUUAUAAUAAUAGCUGACGGGCAGGUUAACGAGCAGCAGAAGACAGUGGAGGCCAUUGUGGAGGCCUCUGACUACCCCCUCAGUAUAGUAGUGGUGGGGGUGGGGGAUGGACCCUGGGACACGAUGGAUGAGUUUGAUGACUGUCUUCCCAACAGAAAGUUUGAUAAUUUUCAGUUUGUGGAUUAUCAUUCUGUGACUUCUAAAGUCAAACACCCCGAUGCAAACUUCGCCCUUCAUGCACUUAUGGAAAUUCCACUUCAGUACAGGACCAUUAAAAAAUUAGGUUACAUUGACGAGUAUACAAAUGGUUCUGUUAUUAAUAAGAAACACACUGAUGUAUAGGAUAGCUGAAUAUAAUGUGUCUUGGGGAAUAAAUCAUGGUGCUUUUUAUUGAUUUAGUAGAGUAGCUCAUUUCAUAAAGUCACAUUUGAAAUUAAGUCAGCUGAAUUCACAAGAUCGGAACAUUUUUGAUAAUUAUAGCUAUGCACAGUAAUCUUGACACAAUGACGUCAAUAUCUGAUGCAUUGACGAUUGUUUUGUUUUUAAAUUGUGAUGUGAUUUUUUUUUAAUUUACUUUCUACGUGUACCAAUGAUUAUUACUGUGUUUAAUCCAUCCUCAAGUAUGUGAAUGUAUAUUUUGUUCAAUGUUCAUUUUAAUGUUAUUGUACAGUAAAAACUAUAUUUAUGCUUUAGCCAUGUACAUAUUCUUUGUGUACAUAGUCAAUAGGCACAAAAAGCCAAAAGUGAAUACUUUGAGUUUCACCAGGGUAUGCAAAUAUAGUAACUGACUUAAAUGAAACUAAAAUUUCAAUAUUUGUAUUUUUUUCUUGUUCAUAUAGUUUAGCUUGAGAAAUGUGACACUUUUCCCCCCAAAUUGUACAGUGUUGUACUUAGUUUUCUUUAAUUGAAAAAGAAAUUUAAAAAAAAUAGUUAUUUUCUGUCUUCAGAAGCAUGGAUUUUUUUUUAUCUGUUUCUAGAAUGCCACCUUCCCUUUUUUGAAAAUUAAACUUGAUUACACAUACUACUAGUAUAUAAUCAUGUGAAGUUCACAGUUAGUGAGUGAUUUAAUUUCAAGUGUCAAGAUAAUAUCUGAUGCGGUUAACUGGGUUAAAUAAGAAGGAAGGAUAUCUAAAUUAUCUUAAACUUCCAGACGACCUUAUCUGGUAAAACCAGUAUUAAAAAUUGUAUUUUGAAAUUCAGAAGGAAAUGCUUUUCAUGUUCAAAGUUGUUAAAUUAAGAUAAAUACAUUUUACCCUUUUUCAUAAAACACACCCACAAAGAAAAUACAUACUGUUCAAAUAGUCAAAAGAGUGCUUAAUAUCCUCUGUCCAUCAGUUUAUUCAGCAUUAUGUUCAGAUUGUUUUAAGGGGUGGGUUUAUUGUUAAAACCUACAGAAACAAAAAACCUAAAUCAAAAUUAAAGUAUACUUAUGUUUGUUGAAGUCAAGGAUGUAAAAAGUCAAAAAACGGAUUUGUUUUGAAAACUAUUUCAAUAUCCAUGGGUAAAAUCAAAGCUGUAUACUUUAUAUUGUCAACUGAAUAACAUGUACUAUAGUAGUUAUCCGAGUCUCACGGUUAAUACUGAGAGUAUUGACAAAUGCCAGCUGACUUUUUUUUAAGUUUCAAAAUUCAUGUAUAUUUGAUUAUUAUGGAACUUGAUAUGCCUUGGAGGUCAUAUUUUUAGUCUUAUUAAGCAUGCAUCAAUAGUCUACAGUUUGGUGCCCUUGGCAAAAGUUAAAGCAGUUACAAUUUUAAUGAUGGAGCUAGGAUUGAUAUUUUUCUUGUGGAUUUACAAAUAAGGAGACUGAGUUUAAUUGCCUCUGUAGCAGCUAGUACUGAUGGAAGUCAUAAGCACAUCUUCAUAUAAUAUAGAGAAAUAGACAUACAGCUGAAAAUCUUGAUUCUUAGCACCAGCAUUGAUAAGUUCUUUCAUGCAUAUAAAUAUUUAAUUAUUGAUAUUUUAGAUUUUAUUACUUAUACAUUUGAAGUCUUUCUCAGGUUCUGCAAAAUAUCGACAUUCCUCUGUGUUGGUUUUUAAUUAUUAGCUUUAAUAAUGCAGUACUUAAGAAGCAAUACUUGUAUAUUCUGUGGUGUAAACAAUGUGCCACUUAAUUGUGUGUUCAGGUUUGGGUACUUACUGCUGAUCAAUGUAGAUAUUUUUAAUAUUACCAUUAUAUUUAUUUUAAUGAAUGUACAAUAUAAGUAAUAAAUUGCAACAUUUUUGGUCCUCAAUAAAUUGCUAAUUGCAAAGAUAUUUAAAAAUAUUCUUAAUAUAUUUGUAUAUAGUUCUUAAACUAAUUAUAUUGGAUGCAUAAAGCAAACAUUUUAUCAGUAUGUCAAAUGGGUUUUAAAUGGUUUUGUUUAGCUUUAGAUGUUCCAUGUACAUUGUUUUCAUAGUGAGAGAGAAUUCUAUCAUACAUUCCAAUUGGUAGACAUUUCUCCUCUUUGCAUGUGGGAUUACUUUGUUUCUUUUGUACUAUAGGUUUAUUUUCUUUGCAUUGUAAAUCAGAUCUUGUUAUUUGCCAUUGAAAAAAUAAUAUUUGUCCAAGUAAUUGUUUUUUGAUUGUGUUCAUGUUAAGCCUCAGAUCUGUUAUUUUUUCUUCUACAAAUAAAACAGUUGUUGCUUGAAGCUAUUGCAA